AUGGGAAACCAAACAUCAGUGACAGAGUUCAUUCUUCUUGGGCUGACAAAUGACAUCAAGGUGCAAGCUGUGCUUUUCCUUUUUCUGCUGCUGACUUACAUCUUCAGUGUCACGGGAAAUUUGACCAUCAUCAUUCUGACCCUGCUGGAUUAUCGCCUCCAGACUCCUAUGUAUUUCUUCCUGAGGAAUUUUUCAUUUUUGGAAGUAUCCUUCACCUCUGUCUUUGUUCCCAAAAUGCUACUCAGUAUUGGAACUGCAGAUAAGACUAUCUCCUUUACUGGGUGUUUCACUCAGUAUUUUUUUGCAAUCCUUCUGGGAGCAACUGAAUUUUAUCUUUUAGCUGCCAUGUCCUAUGAUCGCUACAUUGCCAUUUGCAAACCCCUACAUUAUACAACCAUAAUGAGCAAGAGACUUUGCAUUCAACUUGUCCUGUGUUCCUGGUUCUCUGGUUUUCUAGUUGUCAUUGUGCCACAUGUAAUGACUCUGCAGCUGCCUUUCUGUGCAUCCAAUAUCAUCAAUCAUUAUUGCUGUGACUACACUGUACUGUUGCAUUUGUCCUGUUCAGACACACAUUUCAUUGAAAUGCUUGAGUUUGUCCUUGCUGCAGUGACACUCAUCUUCACCUUGAUGCUAGUGGUUCUUUCCUACAUAUACAUUAUCAGGACCAUUCUGAGAAUCCCCUCUGCUCAGCAAAGAAAAAGAGCUUUUUCUACAUGCUCCUCUCACAUGAUUGUGGUCUCCCUUUCUUAUGGAAGCUGUAUCUUCAUGUAUAUAAAUCCUUCUGUUAAGGAUGCAGCAACUUAUAAUAAAGGGGUCGCUGUUUUAAAUACUUCAGUGGCUCCUCUGUUGAACCCUUUCAUCUAUACUUUAAGGAACAAGCAAGUGAAAUUAGCUUUCAAAGAUACAGUCAGUAAGAUAAUAACCUUUUUUAAAAAGUGA